AAAAUAUACAUGUUUCUGUAUAUCUUUUCCUGAAGUCUCCACAUGGUUUCUAGUGUUUCAUAGAAAACGGAUUAGAUCUAUAUAUAACUCGUCGGUUGAUAUACCCAGUGAAAAGAUUCUGGAUAUAAUCAAUAGGUUUGAUUGCAAUUUAUACUUAUUUAAAGAUAGUUUUAUGGAAACAUCUAUAAGAUGGCACAUUGAUUCAUAAGAUAAUAAUGGGAUUUUACCACGUGGGAUGGAUUUACGAAAGGUGCGACAAUACUUUAUAUCUAAAUCAUGAAAUUUGAGAUAGUAUUAACAAUAUUGGUGGUCAUUGAAACUGCUACCACCUGCCCUCCCAAUCUUGUGUCUCACAAUGGAAUAUGUUGUCAGUACGUCACAUGUAAAUCGCAGCAAUAUGUGAAAGUCUGUGAAAAGAACGGCGAGCCCGAUGUUUGUCAUCCAUGCCCCGGGUCCACCUACCUGGACGACCCCACAGACAGUUACUUUGUAUUUCCAUGUUUAGAGAAGAACUGCGGUGAAGAUACAAUUCCGUCUGACUACCCAGCCACGAGGUUUGAUAGCACAGCAUGCUCCAAAAGGUGUCGUUGUAACACUGCCAUCAACUAUUGUGGCACAGAUCCUUGCAAAUGUCGACACCAUAUGUGUUUUCCUGGAGAGGUACUUCAUGAAAACUGUACCUGCGUUAGGGUUGAAGCACGGCUUACCUCUACAACGAAUUUUAGAACACCAACCUCUGAAGAUGGACGAGCUUCCCAAUUACCAUCAAAUGGAUUUACAGGACAUUCUACUCCCUCCGGGAGAUCAACAAUAACUGUUGACCCUAGGUUUACAUCGGAACCGACCGAAAGUGAAAAGGAUAUAGGAGAACCAAAAGUGAGAGAAAAUGACCAUGACAGAGAGGAAACCAACCCUACAUGGAUACCAUAUGUAAUUAUUAUAGGGUUCGUUCCUGUUGGAUUUGUUUUUGUUGUUGUUGUAUACAGAUGGAAAGGACGAAAGGUGGUCUAUACUCAAGUAGAUGUACAUAAUGAUAACACAGUGAUUAACUAUGAUAAUUGCAAUGUACAAGUCGGAAAUAACAAUGAUUUGAAUGUGUGUAACAAAGUGACAAAACAUGACACCGACUGAAUAGAAUUGUUGUUUCCAAGCGUACACGUACAACGUCCGUAGUUCAAUACACGAGUGAGAGAGGUGCUUAUUUGCAGCGAAAUCCAUGUGACUUACAUACAUAAAUAUAAAUCCAUGUACGUGUUCUUGUUCUUCUUUCAACUAUAGUCAUGCUAGAUAUGCCAUCACUGGUGAUAUCAAAAAUAAAGACCUGAAAAAAGGUCUUAAAUUCAGACAAUUGGCAACACAACUUCAUCUCUGUUAUGCAUUCUGUCGAGAUUAUGCUAAACGAUGAACUAAAGAUAAAAAGGAAGAACUUGAUACUUUUUCAGUGUAAUGAAUGUAAACCCCCCCCCUCCUUCUUUUUAGUUCAUUACAGUAAUGUUAUAUGACGCAGUGUAACUUAUUGUUUCAUCCAUAACAGUGUAGAUAAACCUUACUGAAUCAAUGACUGUAAUAUUUCACUAUUUUUGUUAUAUACUUGGAGCGGGUUGAUUUUUCUAUUGAAUAGAGUCAAUGACUGUAAUAUGUUAUUGUACAUUGUGGUGAUCUGGAGCGGGUUGAUGCAGUUUUCAUACAUCCAGUAUUUAUGAUUAACUAGAUUAGAUGCUAACGAUCUAUUUUACUUAAUAUUUUUGAGUUACGAUAUGGCGUAGAACCCUAGAAAGCUAGUGGUAGAAUAUAAGUAUGAAUGUAAACAAUGUCGAGGAAAUUCGGACUGUGCACGAAUACAUGUUCAUUUUUUUUAUUACGUCUUGAUUAAUGAUAUGAAUGGUAUUAUUUAGUUGUAGUUGAUGUAUAAACAUGUUUGAUCCAAGUAUUAAUGUGUUACCUGAGUGAUACGGCCGGAGAAACUGUAUGUUGAAGUCUGUAUCACGUAUGUAACCACAUGUUUUUCUGUCUGCUCGUUUCCGGUUUAGCACGCGACUGAUGUGUAGUCGAUAAAUUUAUUGUUAAAUAUUGGUGAUUUGGUGUCGGUAAUACUUGAAUUAACAUGGUGUAUUGUUGAAAUGAUUGAGUGAAAGCUGUUUAGUAUUUAGAGCAUUGAAUGUUUUGACUGUAAAUUUAUUCUAUUUUACGUUACUUACCUUUUCACCUUUGAUCUAUUGAGAAUAGUUGGUACGUUUCGUUGUUCCAAAUUUAUUUUUUUAUUUUAUUUUUUUUUUUAUUUAUUUAUCUAUUUUAUCUUUAGGAUUAGAUUUUAUUUAUUUAAAUGAUCGGUAUAUAACGACUGAUGCGGUGAUUUAACUGCAAGUUGUUAUUUCCGUGAGUAGUUAUUCAUUUAGUAAAUUUUUUGCAAGUUUAUUAAUUUUGGAAAUGAUUGGAAAUUUAAGUAUUUUUGAUUGAGAAUUAUUUUUGGAUAAGUUAAAUGUCAAUUCGUAUAUUUUUAGUAAAUUUUUAGUUAUAUUUUAAUGAUAUUUUUCCUUCUGGAAUUUAUUAAUAAAUAAGUUAGGAAUCAACCAUAUGUAUAUCAAGACAGUAAAUAAACUGUGAUAUGCACGAGUGGUUUAGUUUUUAUUUACAUAUGGAAAUAGGUUAAACAUAGUAGACUAUGCAGUAAUUGAACUGUACGUCCACAUGUUGGCGAUUUGAACUUAAUAAAUAUUUAAGUGUAUCAUAGGUUAACCAUAGUGAACAAGUGAGUAAUUUAACUCAGUUCACAACAUGGUCUUCAAUCCUGUUUACAUUCAAUAAAAUGUUCUCAUAACGGGAUUAUUAACUUAAUUAGAGUUACUCCCCUUUACCCAGCCCUAUUACAUUUGGGUGGUUUUAGGUUUAAGUUCUGAUGAUACUUUGAUUAUAUUUUUAAUUACUUAGAUGUAUUGUUAAUGUAUGAAUGAGUUGUGUGAGUGAAGAUACAUGUAUAACUAUAAAUGUUAUGUAAUCGAAUAAACUUAAUAUAAUCUUUGA